CCCGCGCGGCCAGGCGACGUUGUUAUACUCAUCGUUUUACGCGAUGCGAGACGCUGCAUCGGUGCCUCCGAGAGGUUGUUAAAUUCCACGAUAGAUAGAAUAAACAACUCUGGCCGUUAUGGCCCCGGUUUAACGGACAUGGAGGUGAUCGAGACGAUUGUGAUACAGAGCGCCGAGGCGGACGCAAAGGAUGCGGCCGCGUCCGGCGCGGAGGCCGAUAAGACCAAGGCAGAAUUUAUUUGGACGCUGCAGGCCACAUGGCACCUCAUCAACAUCCGAUUGGAGAUGGAUCAGGCAUUUGACCAGCCGGUGUGCAAGAAGAAGAAACUUUGGGAGAUGGUGGCCGAGAAGGUGAACGCCAAGCUGAGCGAGUCCGAGGUCACGGACGUCUCGGCGAAGGCGUACGAGUGCGAUCUCAAGUGGAGGAACAUGCUGGCCACGUACAGGAAGAACGCCGAGCGGGCCAAGAGGCUGGGGGCGGCCAGCGUCCACUGGGAGUUCUUCAAGGCCAUGCACGAGGUCCUGGGCAAGAGCCGGGAGGAGGUCGAGGCCCAGCGCAGAGCCAAGCUCAGCGGCACCAAGGUGGGCAAGGCCAUGGCCAGCAAGAGGUUCACCCCGAUCCUGCCGACGCCUGUCGCCACGGCCGCGCCCUGCCCCGCCAGGCCUCCGCAGGACGUCCUGCAGCUGUACAUGGAGCUGCAAGAGAGGAAGAUGAACAUGUGGGCCCAGCAGAAAGCCCUGGAGGAGAGGAAGAUCGAGGCCAUCAACAACCUGGCCCAGGCCAUCUCCAACCUGGCUCAGAAGAACGGCACAACAGCGACGUCGAAAGAUGGACAUUAGAGAUGCAAAGUGGAUCCGAACUUCUUUACCAAAAACUUUUAUGAUGCUUGUUUAUAGAGAAAACUGUUUGAGUCGGUUUGUAGUAUGUUUUUUAAAUUGGCCGUGUUGGCACAUUUGCACUCAUUAUACUUUAUACAAUAGUUUGGCAAGUGUGCAUUUUUUAAGGCUGAACAUGGCUAAUACUUUAUAUUGUUUGGUUAAAACAAUACUGAUUUUUAUACUUAAUGUGGUAUCAGUACAUAGUCAUAGUCAUGCUGGUACUAUGUUGAUGUAUAAAUAAAAUACACUUUAUCAGACUGAAUUCUUUACAAUGUAAUUGGUUCCAAUAAACAACCUUGCAAUAA